ACUUCAAUACUGGUCAAGAAUAUGUCGGCAGUAAAGUCACUUAUGGAUGGGAUUGGCGUCAAAUGGAUGGCGAACCAGCAGAUAUCAGUGAGCUGGUUGAUGUUUUAGAAACUGAUGACAAUAAAAUCAAGCUAUCUAAUAUCAAGUCUACUUCACCCAAGAAAGGUCGAUGCCUGGUGACUGUAUGGCCUGAAGACGGUGCUACUGAUCAGCAACCAAAACAAUAUGCUUCUGAAUUCUUCUUUACAAAUAUACAACCAUUAGAUGCGACAGAGAAACUAAAACCUGAGGAUAUCAUUCCAUUUGAUG